AUGUUGAGCACGACGAUCGCGGUGUGGUGCCUGUGGUGGGCGGGCGCGGGCGGCGUGCGGCCGGCGCCGCUGGGCGUGCCGCGCUGCUGCGGCGCGGGGCAGGCGCUGGAGCCGGGCGCGCUGCGCGGCGUGCUGGCGCGCGGCGCCGCGGCGGCCGCGUGCCGCGCGCAGGCCGCGCCGCGCGCCUGGGCGCCGCGCGUGUACGCGCCCGCGCGCGGCGCCUACCUGGAGCGCGGCCGCCUGCCCGCGCACUGGCGGCUGCUGGACGGCGCCCUGCCGGCCUGCGACGAGCUGCGCGUCCUGCCCGAGCACUCGGCCCCGUACGCCUUGCUCGCCAACAACGGCACCCUGCUGCUGCCCGGGCCGACUCCGGCGGCUUUGCCCCCGGACCGUUACUGCGGCGACGCGGCGGCCGCGCUCGUGUGCGCCGAAGACGCGCGUUCCGCCGCCGUGUCGAAGUGUUGCGCCGAGGGACGUAUAUUUGACGGCGCCGGUUGCGUGGCGAACGAGGACGCCGCUCGCGCCGCUCUCGAGGAGCUGACCGCUCUCGCUAACGCGUCGGGUAUCGGCGUGGGGCGCGGCUGGCCGGCGUGUGCCGCCGGGCCGCGCUGGGCCGAGGCGGGCGCGCUGGCGGGCGCGCGGCUGCGGGCCGACGGCACGCUGGAGCUGGCGGCGGGUGCGCUGGCGCCGGGCACGUGGUGCGCCGACGCGGCGCAGGGCGCGGCCGGCACCCGCGUGCUGGCUUGCGAGGCGGACGCGCGCGCCGCCCGGCCGCGGCGGCCGCUGCGGCACACGCUGUACGGCGCGGGGCUGGCGGUGGGCGCCGCGUUCCUGGCCGCCACGCUGGCCGCGGGCUUCGCGCUCCCGGCGGCGCACCACGCGCUGCACUGGCGCUGCCAGACGCACUACGUGGCGGCGCUGAUGCUCGGCGACGCGCUGCUGGCCGCCACGCAGCUCGCCGGCGAGGCGGUCCCGCCGACUCUGUGCCGAGCGCUCGCGGUCUGCAUGCAUUUCCUCUUCCUGUCGGCGUUCUUCUGGCUAAAUACGAUGUGCUUCAACAUCUGGUGGACUUUCCGGGACUUCCGGCCGACGAGCCUGGAGCGCGGGCAGGAGGCGUGGCGGCUGCGGGUGUACAUGCUGUACGCGUGGGGCGGGCCGCUGCUGGUGGCGGGCGCGGGCGCGGUGCUGGACGCACUGCCGCCGCGGCCGGGGCUGCUGCGGCCGCGGUUCGCGGAGGAGCGCUGCUGGUUCGCCGGCGACGUGGAGAUCCUCGUGUACUUCUUCGGGCCGGUGGGCGUGCUGCUGCUCGUCAACCUGGCGCUGUUCGUGUCCACCACGCGCCAACUGACCUGCGGCCUGUGGCGCCGCGACGAGGUCAAGUCCACUUCCGAGCGCGCGGCGCUGGGGCGAGUGUGCGCCAAGCUGGUGGUGGUGAUGGGCGUGACGUGGGGCGCCGACGUGGUGUCGUGGGCGGCGGGCGGGCCGCACUACGUGUGGUACGCGACGGACCUGCUGAACGCGCUGCAGGGGCUGCUGAUCUUCCUGGUGGUGGGCUGCCAGCCGCACGCGUGGGCGGCGCUGCGCGGCGCGGCGCGCGCCUGCUGCCGGCGCGCGCCGCCGCGGGCCGCGUCCUCCUCGCACCUGCCGUCCGUGGGCGAGUCGCUCACGCACACCACGCCCGCGCCGCCCGCGCCGCCCGCGCCGCCCGCCUCGCAAGCCGGCAAGAUCCCCAUGGAGACCGUGUGCUGAGAGCGCCGCCGGCCGCGGACUCCGACUUAGCUUUAAAACGUACGUCACUUUGUACUCGAUAUUUAUUCGACAGUAUUAUUUUUGUAUUGUUAUCGACGAUUACAGUAUCGGUGUUGUGUCGUAUGAGGCGGUCCCCGCCGCCGUAGACUGUAGCUCAGCGCUUUGUAUAUGUGUAUGUAAGUUGUGUGUACGAGCGGAGCGGCGCCGCCGCCCGUGAUGACGAGUCUUGCCCUGAUCGAUUGUUGACCACAAAUAAACACUGAUGAAAUCUA